AUGGACAUUGACUCAGAUUUGAUUUGUUCCGAAGACCUGAAAAGACCUUUGCCUCGCCACAUUGACGUGGAUCAGUGUGGGGCGGGCGAUGACAGAGCCGCGAGUUUGAAUUUUCCAGAGAAUGAAGCCGAAUGGAAUAUGUUUUUGAAUGCUCCCAACGAACUCGAAGGAGGACAGGACGAUGUCGCAGGGCAGUGUGAAACUGCCGUGUCUGAUGAGGAGUGCACAGGGCUAGACGUGACGCAAAUUCAGGAGCUAGAAGGACCAAUGAAAGAGAAACUCAAUCAAACCGUGUUUGACAGUCAGUUCCACUCAGAGCCAGGGAGUGAGCUGAAGCUGCCUUGGGAGGCAGGAAUAUUUGCAGAGAUUUUUGGGGGCCCCAAUUCGCAGGACACCGUUCCCAAACCUUUGAUAUCGGCUUCUGCAGAGGACUUGGAGACCAGGUUCCGUCAGCGUGACCUGCAACAAACCAUAGGUCAGCCAAAGAAAGGUUCCUUUUUGAGGGUGAUCAAGUUUCACGAAGUCGAGGAGGAAGCUUUGGCAGAAGAAAGGCGAUUGAACCGUCUCUAUGAGAAGUGGACCAUUCUGGUGUCGAUCAGUUCGUCCUGUCUGCCAGAAAGUUUCGCCAACUUAGCCGAGGACACCAAGGAGGGCGUUGCUACACUCAAACUUUUCUUAGGAUCGAAGAGCGUUGCCACGCUUGAGAAAAGAGUCGCGUCGUUGCUUAGAUUCAGCAGUUGGGCGCGCAAAGAGAAGAAACAAUCAGAUAUUUUUCCUGCAUCCCCUCUGGACAUUGAGAACUACUUUUCUUUCUUGACAACGUGUGAGGCAGCUCCUUCUGCCUACACAAGUUUUGAGGAAGCAGUGAACUUUUGCAAGCAUCACCUUCACAUGAGGCUUGUUUCUGAAACCGAGGAAGGAAUAGUGACUUUGAAAGGCAGAAGGUUGCUGGAAAACUCCCUGGGCCAGAGAAAGGAGUUAAGGCAGGCACGCCCGUUGACAGUCACAGAGAUCAAGCGCUUGGAACAGAUGCUGAGCGAUGAGGGCGUCUCGCUGACUGAACGAUACUUUGUCGGUGUUGUUCUGUUUUGCAUCUACUCUAGGUCCAGGUGGAGCGAUGUUCGCAAAGUGUACAACGCAGUAUGCGAUAUCCCGCAGGUUGCGCGGGCAACCAGUCAUGGCUUCUUGGAGUGCCGAACUCGGUCUCACAAGACGGCUCAUCUGGUACGAAAGAAAGGGCUAGUUAUGCCACUAGUGGCACCAGUCCUGGGACUUGAAACCCCUCCUUGGGGCGUGAAAUUUCUGGACGUGGCCAAGGAAACCGGAUUAGCUUUCGUCGAUCGGCCUGAAGGGCCCUUGAUGCCCGCGCCCGACAAGAGUGGCGCCUGGACACAGAGAGCAGUCAGAAGCUCAGAGUGUUCAAAGUGGAUUCAGGUGUUGCUUGACGAGGACCCGAAGGAGACGCGACGGCCAACGUCGCAUUCUUUGAAGGCCACAACACUCAGCUGGUGUGCAAAGUUUGGCAUCGAGCCACACAGUCGCCUGAUACUCGGCCACCACAGCACGAACUCCAGAUCUGCUGACAUUUAUGCCAGGGAGCUCUUGGCUUCCCCGUUGAGGGAGUACGAAAACAUGCUUCAACAUGUUCGGCAGGGAACUUUUUGCCCAGACAACACCAGAUCCGGUAUGGUGGCAGAGCAGGAGAACGAAGGCAAGAUCAACAACGACGCCUCUGAGAGCAUCGCGACAAAGCCUGAGGCUCCAAUCGCGGUGGAGGAGGAGGAUCACAGGGUUGAACCCACAGACUUUAGCCCAGCCAGGUUGCUGGAUGACCAAUCUAGCGAAUCUAGCGAAUCGAGUUCCGAUGCCUCCAUGUCUGACCAAGAGCUGGCCGAUUUCCAGCCUGAGCACGGAGCUAUCAACAGUGAGCCUGAUGUCCAACUUUUUCAACACCAUAGGACUAAAGUCGUGCACAAGAAAGCUUUAGGCACAAUUCGCAACCGCUUUCAUUGCGGUAUAGUCCACACAUCCGAUUUUCGUGAGAUCAGUGAGAGUUUGUUUUUGCAGAGUCGGAAAUGUCUUCGCUGCGAAACAGUUCGACCAAUCAGAGAUUAUGGCGCUUUGGCGGCAGUGCUGAAGCGGCAGCGCACUCAGGUGCCAGCCAUGUCCACCUUCCUCGAAUCAACCGAAGCCUUGAAGACACGAUGUUUGGAGGUACAUUUGACUGAGGCUGAAAUUCAGGCUCUCAUCGACAACAACCUCACCAGUCUAGCGCGGUUGGCCUUUGUCUUGGGCCCGCCAGGAACCACAGCGACUGAUGACCAGAUUCGUGGCCUCUUUGGGGACAGCGCUUUUCGCCGCCGUGCUCUGGCCUUUGACCUGGUGGGCGCAUGUGAAUACAAUGUCAUGAACCAGUACCAGUCCGAGCUGGUCCAACACCUCCAAGAGUCAGCCCCGCCGGGGUACAACGAAGUCACAGUACAACAGGUGCUGAGGGCCGAUCGCGCAGCGUUUUUGCUGUUAGCCGAGCGCCUGACCACCCUGAAGCCGAAGCCUGACGGGACUAAGCCGCUUGAAGAAGCCUUGCCCACAGUUCUGUCGCAUCCCAGUGUGAGCUUCCAUUUGCUUCCACUGGCCAAGCAGCCCGAUCGUCCUCCAAAGGACAGCAAGUGGCUGAAGCGUUCCCAGACCAGCCUUGCCACGCAAGAGAGCCCCAACAAGUUUUUGAAGGUGAAAGGCCUGCACGUCUGUGCUGAGCCCGGAUGCGGCAAAGCGCAUAGCACAGGGAGACUCACCGCAGUUCUUCGCCAGUUUGGGAUGAAUGAAAGCUUUGGAGUUGACUGCCAGACUCCAGCCCGCUUGACAAGUCCCUUAAUUAGACUAGAUUUGACCGAUCCAAUCCAAGUGAAGCAUUUGGAAACCUUGAUGUCCGAUCCUUUUUGCAUCUUCUGCCAUUUUGCGCCACCCUGCGGUACCGCCUCGCGGGCCCGCUUGAUCCAACGGAAAGGCAGGUUCAACCCGCCGGUGCUACGCACCGAUCAGCACCCCGACGGCCUGCCUACCCUCACGGGUAUUGACGCAGACCGAGUUCGCCAAGCCAAUCUUUUGUAUCGUGUCACCUGUCAGGUUGCCACCUUUUGCUACCGCAACCACAUUCUUUUCUCCAUUGAAAACCCGGGCCGUUCGUUCAUGUGGCAAACGACAUGCUUUCAAGAAUUCUUGCAGCAGAUCCCCGUCGCAACAACUCAGUUUCACCACUGUUGUUAUGGCAGUGCAAGACGCAAACUCACCUCCUUGGUCCACAUGGUCCCCAGUUUUUCCGCCUUACAAGCAUUUUGCCAAGGUGAUCACGACCAUGAGCCGUGGGGCCAACGCGCCAUGGCCCCCAAUGGAUGGGCAACUUCCCACGAGACCGCCUAUCCUUGGGCCUUGUGUCGGUCGCUGGCCUUUGCGUUAAGUGACUGGCUGCAGCAACAAGGUUUGAUUUUCCCGCCUUUGUGUUUCGCACAGCAAGAAGCCAGUUUGCAAACUUUGAGAGCAGCCACUGGCACACAAUCCCGCAAGCCCCUGCCACCUCUGGUGCCUGAGUUCGCAGCCAUCCUGCGUCACCCUGCUGACGCCCCGCUCCCUCCACUUUCCAGGAAGCUUUCCACUCCCAGACCGGGGCAUUUCGCGAGUGAAGAAAUCAGGAAAGGGGAGGCAGAACAAGUCACAGAAACCAAAGAGCACAUAACGAUUGGUAUUCAUUGGGCGCCAGAGGAAUUCGUAGCAGAAGCGAUUAGAGUGGGCCACCCAGCUUUGCUAGCUUCGAAUUUUCCGGUAGAGAUGAUUGAAGCCAACAAUUUUUGUGCCUCGAGGACUGACUAUGAAGUGGCCAAGCACCGCACAGAAGUUGUGAAAAGAUGGUUGAGCUUAGCCAAUGAUUUCAGCCAAGCCGAAGCAAAGAAUAAAGACUCCUUGUCAACGCGUAGAAGACAAGUUUUGGAGAAGAAGAGGCUGCAUCUUUUUGACCAGUUGAUCCGUGAGGCAGGACACUCCGACACCACGCUAGCAGAAUGCAUUCGCCAUGGUUUCGACCUGACAGGAAAGCUGCCUAGGUCACAUCUGGAACACAAUAAGGACUGCGCAGCGGUGGCAAAGACGUGGGACCUCCGCGACGCGUACAAACAA